AGAAAACCUAUUUGUAUGUGAUAUGUACCAAUACUUAUACCUGCUCACUUUUCAACGAUGUUGUGUCACAAAAUCACCAAUAAUCUAACCAGAUAAAGUGCAAUAAAAACUGUCACAUUCAAACUUGAGAACCGUCUUGACAUGUUGGAGGUAUAAUUCUGUUCGCCAUUCGACACUAAUUAUUCAGUGUUUAUUUUUUUAAAAAAAUACAACUAAAUACCUAAGUAGGUAUCUAAAAAAAUAAAUUAUUGUUACAAAAAUGAAAAUUGAAUGAAAAUACCGCACAUGUUCAAAACUUACUCGUACAAUAAAUUUUUCACCUACAACUUCGAAUCGUAUUCAUUUCAGGAAUAUCAUUCCUAAUACAUGAAUUGAAAUGCUCUCAGAACGAUAAGAUAAACACCUAAUCCAACAUAGACCGAAAAUCUCAAGUACAAUACAAAGAACCAAACAUCAGCAACUAACCAUAAAAUAUAGGUGAAGUUGAAUUCAUGUACCCACCUUUUUAGUUCGCGUUGACACACAUCACAUGUUGAAUAAAAAUUGUCAUUAAGAUGAAGUUUCAAUUUCGUGUCACUGGUUCAUUCAAAGAAACAAGCUAUGCGCUGAUAGUGUUUUCAAUUUAUAUAAUGACCGGGAUAGGACGAACCUACAUGGUGUUUUUGUUUCAUCAAUUGGAUCUUCCAGGAUCUGUGAUUGUUGUAAAUGAUGAACAGAAAUCUUGGAUUGGUAGCUCGUUGGGAAUGUUAUCACCCAUUGAUGUGUGCUUUCUGGGACAAUGAUGGAUUUAUUUGGAAGAAAACUUUACUUUUUUGUUAUGUUCGUACCAAUGGUAGUUUCAUGGAUAAUUAUCGCUUUGGCGACCACUUAUGAAAUGCUCAUUUGUGGAAUGGCUAUUUUGGGAUUUGGCAUAGGAAUGGGAUUCUGCGUCAGCACCUACAUAUCAGAAAUCUCAUCAUCCGCGCACAGAGGAGCUCUCCUAGGACUAAUAACAGUUUUUUACAACAUGGGUUCAGUAAUAUGUAAUACGCUGAUGUAUUUUACAACAUGGAAAACCUCCGCUUGGAUCUACGCCUUGCUAUGUGUUUGCUUCAUGCUCUCCACGUUCUUGCUACCCGAAUCUCCUGCAUGGCUUUACAGCAAAGGAAAAAAAGAAAUUGCAAUUAAAACUCUUUGCUCGAUUCGAUGUUCCAAUGCGAACGAUAUCAAAACCGAAAUAGAAGAUAUGGAAAAAUCAAACUCAAACAAAUGUGAAAAAUUCUCUUUCGCAGGAUUCAUUAAAAAAAUAUCCAGCGCUUGGAAACCUUUCCUCAUUGUUGCUAUGCUGCCACUUUUAUUGCCGCACUCGGGUUUUUCUAUCUUGGUCAGUUAUACCAUCUUUUUCUUUGAUCGAUUACGAUUACCGAUUGAUAGCUCAAAAUUCGCCAUUGGGUAUGCGGCAGCUGGUGUCAUCGGUUCAGUAAUCGCUCCCUAUAUUAUGCAUAGAAUGAAACGUAGGACCUUAAUGGCUAUUUCUUCAUCUACCAUGGGAUUAUGCGCUGUAAUCAUUGGUAUUUAUGAAGAAAUUUUCUACCAUCGUGAUGAUAAAUUAUUCCCUUACAUUGUAUCCGUGUCAUUUUAUGCGUAUGCGGUGGCUUGUAACGCUGGGGUUUUGCUGAUCGCUUAUUGCAUCGGCAGCGAGGUGUUUCCAAAUGAAGUUCGAGGAAUUAUGAAUGGACUUUAUGGUGUUUUCACCUACUUUUAUUGGUCUGUUACGAUAAAACUUUAUCCAACUUUGAUGAAUAUUUUCGAUAUUAAAAUCAUAAUAUGGUCUUUUGCCGCGUUCUGUUUUUUGAUCACUACGUAUAGCUAUUUAUUUUUACCAGAGACCAAAGGUUUGACUUUGAAUGAGGUACAAGAGAAGUAUUUUCAGAAGAAAAGUGCACAAAAAAUGGAAGAACAGGAUGCAUGAUGAUCUCGUUGUAAAAUGUACAACGUAGGUUUUAUAGGUCCCUACUAUAAGUAUUUUUCUUUUUUUGUAAACAUUUAUGUUAAUAUAAUUGUUUGUUUUCGUCA